UACAAAGUCUGCAGAGAAGAGCUUUAACAUGCACGGCCCUGGUGCCUUCCUUUAGAGGACUGGAAGUUCUCAUUCUACUUUGCACUCCACAUGUAGCAACAGAGAGACACACGCAGGUGAGGGCUCACACACCCAGUGUUCACACACUGUCUGCGUGGAGGGCUUCCUCAUCUUCUCCUGCCCUCAACACUGGAGUCCAGGAUUUCCCAGAGGAACAAAAGAGGACCAGUCUGAGUGGCAGAAGCAGAAUCUCAUGUAGCCAGGUGGGUGAAGGGGAGCGAGGACGUCCCACCUGCCUUGAAGAAGACGCCUUCUGACCUGCUGAGGGAGUGACCAGGUGGUUUCAACAGCCUGACAAUGGACGCCAUUCACAUCAGCAUGUCCAGUGGUCCCCUGGUGAAGCACACUGCAGGGGCUGGACCCAAGACCAACAGACCCCGAGUCAUGUCCAAGAGUGGGCACAGCAAUGUGAGAAUUGACAAAGUGGAUGGCAUAUACUUACUCUACCUUCAAGACUUGUGGACGACCGUCAUUGACAUGAAGUGGAGAUACAAGCUCACCCUGUUUGCCGCCACAUUUGUGAUGACUUGGUUCCUUUUUGGAGUGAUCUACUAUGCCAUUGCAUUUAUUCACGGGGAUUUAGAACCGAGGGAGGAUGUUUCGAAUCACACCCCCUGCAUCAUGAAAGUGGACUCUCUCACUGGAGCGUUUCUCUUUUCCCUGGAAUCCCAGACAACCAUUGGCUAUGGAGUCCGUUCCAUCACGGAGGAAUGCCCUCAUGCCAUUUUUCUGUUGGUUGCUCAGUUGGUCAUCACAACCUUGAUUGAGAUCUUCAUCACAGGCACCUUUCUGGCCAAGAUCGCCAGACCCAAAAAGCGGGCAGAGACCAUCAAGUUCAGCCACUGCGCAGUCAUCACCAAGCAGAACGGGAAGUUGUGCUUGGUGAUUCAGGUGGCCAACAUGAGGAAGAGCCUCCUGAUUCAGUGCCAGCUCUCUGGUAAACUCCUCCAGACCCACGUCACUAAAGAAGGGGAGCAGAUUCUGCUCAACCAAGCCACCGUCAAAUUCCACGUGGACUCCUCUUCGGAGAGCCCCUUCCUCAUUUUGCCCAUGACAUUCUACCACGUACUGGAUGAGACGAGUCCCCUGAGAGAUCUCACACCCCAAAACCUGAAGGAGAAGGAGUUUGAACUUGUGGUCCUCCUCAAUGCCACCGUGGAAUCCACCAGCGCAGUCUGCCAGAGCCGCACAUCUUAUAUUCCAGAGGAGAUCUUCUGGGGCUUUGAAUUUGUGCCUGUGGUUUCUCUCUCAAAAAAUGGAAAGUAUGUGGCUGAUUUCAGUCAGUUUGAACAGAUCCGAAAGAGCCCAGAUUGCACCUUUUACUGCGCAGAUUCUGAGAAGCAAAAACUUGAGGAGAAGUACAGGCAGGAGGAUCAGAGGGAAAGGGAACUGAGAACUCUUUUGUUACAACAGAGCAACGUCUGAUGGCAGCGGUCACCCCAGGUUUAACUCUGUGAGCUGUUUCCACAUCUGAGCUCCCUUUGAAUGCAAAGGUCACUGUGAAAAUGAAAAUGUGUGGAUUCAUUCUAAAAAACUAUACAGACAUACAAAAUCCAUUUUUUUUCCUUUGAUCUGGCACCUAAGCAAACAUUUCCACAUUUGAGAAAGUUCCUUUUUAAAAUGCUUUGUCUGAAGCAAACUCUCAAAAUUCCUAUUUUCUAAAAUGGGGCUAUAUUUCCAAAAACGUGGUGUAGGACAAUUGAAAUAAUGUUGUGCUGGGUGGACAGACAUUUAACAAUGCUGGUGUUGAAAGGAAAUGCAUUUCUAUACAGGAUAUCAGCUAUAACUUAAGGUAUUUAUUCAAAACAAGUAUCAAAGACGUUGGGCUGAGAGUUGAAAUGUGGUUCAGUAUUCCUUUAUGCCAUUGCUUUACAACACCCUCUUUUCGAGCAGAGAAAAUGUUAUCUUUAUUGGAAGCUAUCUGGCAAGUCAAGGGGACUCUGUACUCACAAAAAUAAUAAAAUUAUAAUAAUUCCAUUCUUACUUGUUUUCAUCAGAUUUAAUUGUACAGAGUGAAAUUGAACAAAUCAGGAGUUAACAGUUGUGAAAACAGACACGAAUGGAGUUGACUCUUUUGUUCACAGUAAUUUUUUUUGUUGGAACCUUCUAGCCAUUUUCUAUUCAAAAUGUAGCUCACAAACCAGCAGCAUCAGCACCAUCUGGGAGUUUAUUAGCAAUAUAGACUCUCAGGCCCCACCUAGACUUAGAGAAACCAGAGACUGUAAUUUCAUAAGACCUCCAAGUCAUUUCAGACAAAUGAAAGUCUGAAAAAUGUCCACUCAAGAAAGUGUUCAAGGGAACUUUCUGAAGCCACAGCACCCUCAGGGUCCCAAACCCACAUGGCCUCCAGACCUGUCCUGCUUUCUUCAGCUUAUUAUUAUGGGCCAAUAUUCUUGUCAGCCACUUCAUUCCUUGUCUAUUAAAAUACCUUGUUUGCCAAGGAACUGCCACUGAUAUCCCAAGAUUGAAAAAAGUUGCUUGAGAGUAAUGGUUGUCUCACUCAUGCUAAGCACAUGCUUGUUGACUAUCGUUAACACAAAAGGAAAAUGAAGCCGCAUUACAAUUGGAAAUUUGCUCAGAUGUUGAAGUCCACAAGGUUGGAUGGGGCCAUGAGGAACAAGAAGACCUGAGGAUAAUGAAUUCAUAUACAGAUGACUCCUUGAAGCAUGAACGAAAUUUGAUAAUCUGAUGAUAUGUAAAGAAUGCCCUCAGUAUUUAAAUAAAUCUCAUGCAACCGAGUGGUAUGGGGUAACAUUUUGCUCUUGGCAGAACUUGGGGGCCAGGAACCACAUUUUGGUGGGCAAAGGAUAUACAUGGGCGGGGAUUGGCUGAAUGUGCAAAAGGUGAAUUCUCAUUUCAUUCAAACCAGGACAGACUUGUGUAUUCACUCAAGAAGAAUGUGACUGUAGGUAGGUAGGCACUGCAUAGGCGUACACGUGAACCCACAUACAUGUACACACAGGCACGCACACACACAUGCAGGCACAUCCUGGCUUUUCGAGCAUACUUGUGGAAAUUGAAAGAUGUUUGCAAUUAAGACAGCAAGUCGUCAACAAGUGUGCUCACAUAUGCUUUGUUCUAUAAAAAUGGGGACACAGGGGCUCAGAGAAAAAGGGGAAAUUAAUCUGGAUUCGGGUUAUCAGUGAAAUGAUGCUAUGGAUUACAGAAAAUGUGGUCAUAUCUUUAUGCUACCACAUUUUCAAAUGUCCUUCCGUAGAAGAGAAGAUGUAGCUGAAACCUCUGACCUGGAGCCAAACAUCUAACACAGAUGUAAGAAUAACAGGGGUAAAGUUAGUUCUAGAAGUUUAAGGGGCAAUUUCAAUGCACAAGAGGCUUUUUCUUUUAUUAUUCAGAAAUGUUUUCUCUCUUUCUGUUGAUAAUUUAAUGACAGAUUGUUUUAAUUUCUUUAAAAAAUUACAUUAGUUUAGUUAGACAUUAGCUCUUUUAGUUAUUAUAUGUGGUUUUUUUAUUGUCUAUUGUGCUAUAAUCGACAGGAAAAUAAUGCCACAGGCAUGUUUACAGGUUUUCUGUUGCACUAUUAAAUUCUUUACACAGGAUUUACAUCAGUACUAAUUUGAAUGUGAUCAAGAUUAGGAAUCUUGCAUACUUACAUUGUAUUUGAUACACUGAUGUAGUGUGAGAUGGAGAAAUCUUUUGUUUAUUCAUUUAGUAUAUCUAUUUCAGCCAAAUCUGGAGGACUUGAUCACUUGAUCUUUUGCACUAUACACAAAACAAAUAUGCAGUAUCUUAAAAGCCAAUACUUGUACAAGUCAAUAAACCAUACUGUAAUAUAAUAUUCUGUAAAUAGUUCUAAACUUGCAUCUGGUUUGAAAGUUAGCAUUUCCUUACUUAUUAUUACUUUGUACACAAUACUCUGGUGUUAACAUACUAACAAAAGAUGUUAGGUGGCAAACUUAUUUGAUUAAAUCUGGAUAGUCUUUUGACUGAAACAGAUUUAUGCUCAACACCUAAGAAGUAAUCAAACUAAUGGAAUGUUGUUCACCCAAAAAGGCUUUUGCAUUUUGAAACUUUUCCAACGCAUCAGGCCUUCUCAGUGAGACCAUUCAAAAAUGUCAUGUUCCGUUUGAAAAACCACAAAGUAAAUAGCAGUAAAUCAGUGUAAUCCGCAAGCUGUGUCUUAUUUCAAUAAGAAAAUAUACUGUACGUGCGUGGUAUCUGGUAGUCAAUGGUCCCAGACAGCAUAGCCAAGAUUCACUCAUUGAUCCUCCCAAGGAGCCACCUUUGGAGUUGGGGUGGAGUCGCACAUUGGUUCCCUUUCUCAUGCAGAGGGAUAUUAACAGCGCCAGACGAGACUCCAGAAAUGUAAAAUAACUGGCUAAAAGUGAAAAAUGCCAUGAACAAGUGGACCAGGUUUUGAGAUGACUCUAAACAAUGAUUCAUUUUACUUUUUUUUAAUUGGAUUUUCUAUUUUAAUUAAUGGUGAUUUUGAUACCAUUAAAUGUAAAUUAAAAUCUAUAAAUAAGUGACACUUCUACUCCUGUAUGAGUCUUUCUCUCUUCCUUGGAUCCUCAGCACUCAGAUCAUCUGGAGAAAGAAGGAAAGAGAGACAAAAAGCAAAGAAGGCCCUAGGCCUUUGCAUUGGUAGCUCAGUAAAGGAUCAUCCUCACCUUCGGGCUUGGUUCUGUGUUUUGUCACUAUAGUCAAAGGGUCAGACAUUUGACCGUGUGGCAGCAUGAAGACUGCUAGUCUCUCAAUCUUGGUUUUUCAUUCUUGCUAGACUUUUCUUUGCCUGCUAAACAUUUGAAGCAAGUAAUUUUGAAUGCAGGUUGUUUUAUCAAAGCUUGCUGGGAUGGUAUUUUUUAAAUGAAAUGUUAGUAUUUCAAGUCCUGAUUUCCAUGUUCUGUGACGUGCACUCGAAUUCCAGCAUUUGACUCUAGAUAGGUCCAAGAUGCACUUAGUUUUCUUCCUCUGGGAAGACACACUUGAAUGUCUAAAGUUUAACAUUUCACUCCUAAUUGAUUAAUUACCUACAUUUAACCCUCUGUAAACUUCAGUUUAUCUUUCAUCAGAAUGGGCUGCUCACCCCUUCUCGGGCCUGUGGACAGCAAUUUUCUUAGCCUUUAAGAAACACUGAUGGCUUAAGUCCAACUUUUUCCCCGAAAUUUUCUGCUAAAUACUUAAUGAAAAAGAAACAGGAGGCAGAAAUAAGGCUUCAGCCAGUUCAUCUCAUCUUCAUCUUCUGUCAGUUCUGCUGAGCUCAAUUUCCUUUCUAUUUAACACGUGCUUCACUGGCUCUUCUUCAUCUUUGUUAUCUACUCUAUUAAGUCAAAUUAUCCUGUGGGUUAAAAAGAGUUAACUCAGAUUAGUAAUUUGGGGAUAUUUAGAUGGCCAAAAUUUGGGGACAGGGAUUUUUAUUUUUCAAUUGGUAUGUUGCUGGUGUAUAAGAAAUAGAAAACCAAGGGGCACCUGGGUGGCUCAGUUGGUUAAGCAUCUGCCUUCAGCUCAGGUCAUGAUCCCAGGGU